GAAGAAACUAGAAAGACUAUUAUAUCGUUGUUAAAGAUGUCCCUUACUCCGUUACUGUCCUUAUUUUAUGUCUGCUUCACUCUCCUCUUUUAUUCAGUGGAUUCUUGUUCAACAGUAUCUAGAUCAGGUGUAUCACUAACUGGAGUAUGUCCUAAUGAUACUUUUAUUGUACCCAUUGGAACAACACUGUCUUAUGAGUGCUCUCACAUGAACCUUGGUAGUGGGUAUCUACAAUAUUGGAAUAUCAGUGGAACUACUUACAAUACUUUUGGUUUUGAACCACCUGUUACUGGUAUAACUGGUAGUGGUGUUCUAACUAUUACCACUAAUGAGAAUUACACAAUGUUAGAUAUUCAAUGUGGAGUGUGUCAGUUAGCAGAAUGUUAUUCAACAAAGUUUAUUGGAACAGGAUCAGUUGAACUGACUGCCUUUGGUCCUCCUUCUUCAUUAUCCCACGAGUUAAGAGAGAAUGAUGCUAUUGAGUUGUCAUGGUCAGCUCCUUCUCUUCCUCCUACAGUAAAUGAACAUGCUAGAUCAUUCACAUAUAAUAUAAUGAUAAUGGAGUCGACUAAUAAUUCACUGGCAGUAACUGAUAUUAACAUCACUAACAAUACAUAUGUCAUAAUAUCACCAAGGGACAUAGUGCAGUAUACCCAAUGUAAGGAGUAUCAGUGGGGAGUGAGAGCAGCUGCUAAUUUAAGUUAUGGAUUUACUAAUAUAACAAUGGCAGAUACCAACUUUACCAUUAUAUCAGCUCCCUUUGUUUCUGAUGAACUGAUCAUUUCUGUGAAUGACAGUACUUCUUAUAGUCUUCAUUUUAACGUAUCUUUACCGUGUGACUAUAACGACUUGUUUAAUAACUAUACUUACACACUAUUGCAAAGAGAUUACUGCAAACGAGAGAUUAAUUCGUCAUUAAUUGAGAUCACCUCCGAACAAAUUGAUGAUAAUGAUGGAUCGACUGUAUCAAUCAGUGUUAACAUUGAAUCAUUGAUUCAUAACUCAACGUGGUCUGUGGCUGUUAGUGUAUCAAACAGGUUUGGUUCUGAUACUACAGAUUAUACUAAUAUCACAAGUAAUUCAGAUGAUGGUCCAGUUAUUAAUUGCCAGUCUGAUCUUUUGAUGUCUUCUACCAUACUAUCAUCACAGACUACAUCAGCAAUGUCUUCUACUGUAUUCUCUAUGUUCCCAACGUCACCUUUACCUUCUCUAUCUUCUCUUACUUCUCAAGCUGUUGCUACUGAAACUCCCACACUUGGAACUAGUGAUCCAAAUGAAUCCAGUUCUUCACAGAUAGUUGGUCCAGUAGUUGGUACAUUAGUAGCAAUAUUGCUAUUAGUAGCAGCGAUAGUGAUAGUGAUAGUAGCAGUUAUUCUGUACAAAAGAAAAAAGAAUGAUGAUGGAGGUAGUAAAACUGUAAAAGGCAAACCUGAAACCAAUGGCACUCAGGGGAGGAAUGGUAAUGGAGACUCUAACAAUAUGAGGGUAAGGGAGAGAUAAGGAGACUGUCAUUCUUAUUUCAUCAUCUUUCUCAGGCUCAUUCUUCUACUAAUGAUACUAAUGGUGAAUCAAUGGUUAAUGAUGGUUACCAGAGUCAACAA